AUAAAAAUAAUCGCAUUUCACGUCCCAUUGAAGUAUGUAAUUGGGAGCUGAAACAAUUAACUUGUCGACCAUACCUUACAGUAAUAGGUAUUAAGAGGAUAAUUCUAAUUGCUAUGUUUUCAAAAUGUGCCUGUUGUUGAGUAACGUGUUAAUCUCUUGUCUUUGUCUCCUUUACGUUGAAGCCAUAGAGCCCACAGUGCACUGUAGAGUGCGAAGUAAUCACCUCCGACAAGAUGGCGGUCUCUGUUUCGAGAUACCGCCAUGGCAGCACCUACCUGUGGAGCUUGAACAGCACUUAUUGUCGCUGAAGGAGCGGUGGGGAAACAAUACUCUGUACCAGCCAAUGAGGAGGUUACAAUUGGCCCUUGUCAAUAGCGAAUUAUCUCGUUACACGGACACAGUGCUGGCUCCCUUCUUAGAUACAUACCACAAGAACAUCCAGACCUCCUAUCAACAGAUGACAGCAAAGAUCCUGAGGAGAAUUAAGGAAGAAAUAAACGCGGCUGUACAGAAAAAGGCCAAGAUAUAUUCGGAGUUGACGGAUUUGGCCAACAAAUUACAAGUACCAGCAAUGUGUGCAGAAGAACGUCGUUUAGUCCGAAAUUUGGCUAGUAAACAUGUCGCUCAAAUGUACAAGUGCACGGAAGAAGCAAGAGCCUCUAUUGCCAAGAUGGGCAAAUACGCAGAAGAGAUGAUAGGCAUUACUAGGAAUCAUAUGCAACUGAUCUUGGAUGAAACAAGCAAGUCAUUACUCCUGAAGAGUCAAGUCAGAGCGAUGCAGAAAGACGAAGUUAAUACCAGUUUGAGGAAACUAUCCCGUGAAGCAGUCUUCCUAGGUUACGAGCUGGAUCUGAGUUUGACAAAUGCACGUCGUCACAAUGAACAAUCCUGUGAAAAACUUACAGCUUGCAGCUCGAAAGUGCGUAAGAAUACAGAAGAAGCGGUGACAUAUCUGCGAGAUAAACUAUAUCAAUGUGUCUACGCUUAAUUAUUCUAAUAAGUAAUCUUAUAGGAUACAUAAUUAAAAACAAAUAUUGUUUGUAUCCCAUAAUUUAUCAUCAUCAUCAUAUUAGCUGUUAUUUGUCCACUGCUGAACAUAGGCUUCCUCAAGAAUCUUUCUUCUCUAUUGGUUAUCACUUCUUCGAGAUAUGUGACCAGCCCGUUGUCACUUCACCUUCCUUAAGGCUAUGCCAGUCACUUUGGUUAUUUUUUUAUAUGUUUAUUAUUUAUUUAUAUGUUUUGUACAUUCACUUAUAGUAUAGAUAUUUUUUUUUAUAAAUGAAAAUGGUAUGGUAACCCCGCCUGCGCUAAUGGGAUACGCUGGCGGAGCACCAGUGAAGGGUGAUAGAUGAGAAUGAAAACUGGCCAGUUAGCCCAUCAUGAUGAAUUCAUCAGGAAUUAACCAUGAUAGUUUCCAGGGGGAACCGCGAGGAGGUCGACCUGGUUGGAUAUAUUGCU